GUAAAAACAAUCCGAUGCAUGGUCAUUGCGCUCAAUGAGUUCGGGGCAGGUCGGCACUUGUGGCCUAAUCUAGUAAUUUGAAGUUCCGACUGUUGAUUUGGACCGUUAGCUGGGUCUAUUCGUACUUAGUUCGAGAACUGGGGAAGUGACAAGCCUUGGCACAAAGAAUGUCAUCUUCAGCAAAGAUAGCUAAGGGUGUUUUGAGACAAAAGGUGAAGGAGGAAAUUGCCAAGUUGAGCAUGGAGGAACGGAUCAGACAGAGCCAGGUUGUCACCAAAAACCUGAUGGCCCUGCCACAAUACCAGCAGAGCAAGCGUGUCUCAGUGUACCUCAACAUGCAGGACGAAAUCCAGACAGGGGACAUCCUGCGUGACAUCCUGCAGAGCGGCAAGCAGUGCUUCAUCCCCCGCUACGAAUCGGGCUCCUCCCGCAUGGACAUGGUGCGGCUGCACUCUCUGGCCGACUUUGAUUCGCUCCCGCUGACCAAGUGGAAGAUCAAGCAGCCGCCGCUGGCCGAGGCGCGCGAGGAGGCGCUGGCGUCGGGCGGGCUGCAGCUGGUGCUGGUGCCAGGGCUGGCAUUCACGCGCGCCGGCCACCGGCUCGGUCGCGGCCGCGGCUACUACGAUCGCUUCCUGAGCCGAUGCCGGCAGGCGCAGUCGGAGCCGCCGUGCACGGUGGCGCUUGCCUUCCGGCAGCAGGUUCUGGAGCACGUGCCCGUGGAGGAGAGCGACGUACCCAUUGACCUGGUGCUGUUCGAAGGGGGCGCCGGCGACUGCUAAAGGGGCGGGGCGACCUCCGCCGGCCUGGCCGUAGGGGCGGCGCGGCCAGCGUGGCUAGUGGUCAGACUGGGGGAGAAGUGUACGGAAUCUCCCUCGGUGUGCGCGUGGGGACCUGACGGGAGCGCCAGGUCUAAGACGCGGGAUACGCGAGGUGGGCUAUGUUAUUGGGGUUUGGUAGUGCGGUCUUAGACUGGGUCUCGUGCCAUAACGGCUGUGGAGUACGACUCACAACUCACAGUGCAAUGUGUGGGUGUUUAUAUAAUAAAGUUCUGCAUGACGCAGUUAUGAAGCUCCUGCUCUCCCUUGUCAAUAUACUGCCCAUAGGGUAGCGAAAGCAAGAGGCAAGUACGCAACUGUGGCAUGGACUACUUUCUAGUCCAUCAAUGUUGUCGUUCCGCUUAGUCUGGAGCUCGGUUUAGUUGCCCCGCACGCGAACGUUCCCCAAAUAUUGUAUUCCUUUUCCUAACUAUUUGAUUCCUUUGACUAUCGUUUUCCCGGUUGAACUGUUUUCCUUCUCAUGUACGCGCUUGCUUGAAGAAACUCCGUGAUAUGGCAGCGCAUACUGAACUAAACAUUUUAAAAUCUGAAACGUGAUGUUAUCUGCAGAAGGAACCUUCGUUUUUCUGUUGCCAUUUCCCAGAAACCACGCUAACGUUUCAUGUUUUGUGGUAUCCCAGGAACUAAAUGCUUGAUGAAUUACCUAGGUGGACGUGAUGAGCGGCUCACAUUUUGUAACAUGAUGGCGUGCUGAUGAGCAUGCAUCACGUGAGGUCCUAGGGUGCUGUAUUUUGCAGCUACUUCUUUGUACUGUUCGACAUGCGUAUGCGUUUGUGCAGUCCGCAACUGUUUGAUUGUGGCGUCAGAAGUGUUCAUUUCAUGUAGAUGAUGUGAAACCGCUGGGGAUUUGGCUCAACAUGUCUUUCGCGAGAGGUGUUUUCAUACGGAUGGCUUAUCAUGCUUUGUCACGAUGCGCUGCAAAUAUACUGGGCUGUUGUUUACA